AAUGAAUACACAGUUCACAAGAGGCAGUAUAUGAUUUAUAGAACUUUGAGCUUGGUACUUUACGCUGAACGAUUUUAUCUCGUUAUAUUUAUUGCGUGUAUUUGAUUAAAGAUGAUGAGUGACGCGGCACGUUUCUCUUUCUCAUUGCAUUUAAUGAAUUUGCCUUUCCGCAUAUCACGCAUCCUUUAUUACAAUCUCUAAAAAUAGCCACGCCAAAUGUACUGUUAAUGUUCGGAAUGGAUCAGUGACCUUGACAUUUUCGUCACACUGUGUCUUCGUGGAGAAUCAGUUGUACAAUAGUUUGCGAUCUUAAGGGACUUAUAUAAUUUAUACGUAGCAAAUCGAUCAUGCGCGUGUUCGCACAUGUGCUACACCGUUGGAUCUCUGUCGGUUCCUUGCCAUCACUAUUGAAGGAGGAUCCUGCGGAGGGAGCCCGAGUUGUUACUCGUGUUUCUUCGCUGUGAUGACGCCAAGAACUACUGUUGAAUCAACGUGAGCGCGAGCGCGAGAGUGACUCGUGAAGUAUUCGAAUUCUUUCACGCGGCAUGGUUUCCUUCUGGCGUGAGUGCCUGUGACCCGUAGUACUUACUUAUGUGUAACGAGACUGAUCAUGGAUUCUAGUAAAAAAUAUGACACGCCAAAUCCAAAAUUGAAGGCGAACUGUUUUAGCCGAUUGAUUUUUUGGUGGUUGAAACCGCUAUUUUGGUAUGGAAGAAGUCACGAUUUAGAAAUCAAAGAUAUUUACAAUGUCAUGCCAGAGGAUGUUAGCCAGCUUCUUGGAGAUAAACUCGAGAAAAAUUGGUUGAAGGAAGCUAAGGCCGCAGCAGAGGCAGAUAGAAAGCCCAAGUUUUUCAAAGCCUUAAGAAAUACAUUCGCUUGGAAAGUCGCUUACUACGGGGGGUGGCAAUGUUUCUUAGCAAUGGUUAUAAGAGUUGUGCAACCAUAUGUACUUGGCCUACUUAUUUGGUACUUUGAUCCAAGAUCAACUUUCACUACCACAGAAGCAUAUAUUUAUGCUUCAGCCGUUGUUGUUACAUCUUUGUCAUCAGCAUUAACUGCUCAUCAUGCUAGCUUAGGUUUGAUGGAAGUUGGUAUGAGAAUGAGGAUAGCAUGUUCUUCUUUAAUGUACAGGAAGAUAUUACGUCUAUCGAAAUCUUCUACCAAUAUAACUACACCUGGACAAAUUAUAAACCUAUUAUCAAAUGAUGUAGCAAAGUUCGAACAAUUGUUUGUUGCAAUACAUUAUAUUUGGAUUGUGCCACUGCAAGGUGCUUUGAUUGCUUUCAUGAUAUGGAAAAAUGUAGGAAUUGCAUCUUUGGCCGGUAUUUUUCUCAUAAGUAUCCAAACUCUACCUCUACAAGGAUUCAUGGGGAAAUGGAUAUCAAAGUUAAGAUUAAAGAUCGCAAUUAAAACAGACGAAAGAGUACGUUUAAUGUCGGAAAUUAUUGGGGGUAUUCAAGUGAUCAAAAUGUAUACAUGGGAAAAACCGUUUGAGAAGCUUGUUAGCACUGUCAGAAGCAAAGAGAUAGACGUACUGUCGAUUACUUCGUACUUACGAGGGUUUACCUUAGCUAGUUUUGUGUUCACCGAGCGUACCACGUUAUAUUUUACACUCAUGACGUAUGUACUUCUCGGGAAUAGUAUAUCAGCCGAUAAGGUAUUUUCGAUGGCCCAGUACUUUAAUAUUCUACAACUUACUAUGGCGAUAUUGUAUCCCAUGGCCGUAUUAGCUGCCGCUGAGGCAGCUGUAUCCAUUAAGAGGAUCGAGAAUUUUCUACUGCUGAAAGAGAAUACUAGCAUAACGUAUUCUGAGCCGACGAAGGGAGAUGGUAGCAUUAUGAUCAAAAACGUAACAGCAUCUUGGACAGACUAUGCAAUAUCUCAUACUUUACAUGACCUUAACAUUCAUAUAGAACCCGGUAAACUCGUUGCUAUCGUCGGUGCGGUUGGUUCGGGAAAGAGCUCGCUUCUCAACUUGAUUUUGAAAGAAUUGCAACAAACGCAUGGCGAGGUACGAGUAAACGGUGGCGUGUCUUACGCGAGUCAGGAAGCUUGGUUGUUCGCAGGAACGGUGCGAAAUAACAUACUUUUCGGACGGCCUUACGAGAGCAGACGAUACUGCGAAAUUGUUCGAGUGUGUGCUCUCACUAAAGAUUUUCAACAGUUCAAUCACGGUGACAAGACCUUAGUUGGAGAUCGAGGCGCAUCACUCAGUGGCGGGCAGCGUGCGAGAAUUAAUUUAGCCAGGGCUGUAUACAGAGAUGCGGAUAUUUAUUUAUUGGAUGACCCGUUAUCCGCAGUUGACACACACGUAGGAAAGCAUUUGUUCAAUGAGUGUAUCAAAAGCUAUCUUCAAAAUAAAACGAGAAUUCUCGUGACUCAUCAAGUGCAGCAUUUAAAGAAUUGCGAUUACAUCAUUCUGAUGAACAAUGGUAAAAUCGAAUCCCAGGGAACAUUUGCGGAACUUCAAAAGAAAGGUACAAAUUUCUUAAGCACGCUCUCAACCGAAGAAAACAAAGAGGAGUCGGAAACGACAGAUCCUAGUGAAAACGCUAAAGCUGAUUUAGUAUGUAUGACUACUUAUGGUAGCAAGGAUGAUGAUGAGGCAGAGCCUGAAGAAACGGAGGAAUUGAUGGCUAAAGGAAAUAUAUCUAAUGCUCUUUACUGGAAAUAUUUCCGAGCCGGAGGUUCCAUCUGCAUGAUUUUGACUUUCGUAUUAACUUUAAUUUUUGGCCAAGUGGCAAGCAGCGGUUGCGAUUAUUGGGUUGCUUACUGGACGAAUCAAGAAGAACUACGCAUUAAAAGUCUAAAUACCAAUCACACUUUAGAAACAUCAAAACAAAACCAGAAUCUUACAGUUCCACUCUCUAUCUCGAAUGAUACGCUUGAGUCUGAAAUGGAUAGUUUUAAUAUUAGUGUCCCGGGUUUGUCAACAAUGUUAGAAAAUAGUCUUGUUAAUGGGACGUACGUGAUGAAUGCAGUACAUGACGAUUCGAGUUUCAUCGAUCGUGACACCGCUUUGUGGAUUUAUGGAGGUUUUAUCCUUGCGAGUAUAGUAUUUACGUUGACAAGGAAUCUUACGUUCUUUAAGAUAUGUAUGAAUGCCAGUAAAAAUCUUCAUAAUUUCAUGUUCUCGUCUUUGCUAAAAGCGCCGAUGCUAUUUUUCGACACAAAUUCGUCUGGCCGCAUCCUGAAUCGUUUCUCGAAAGACGUCGGUUCUGUUGAUGAAGUGUUACCGCGAACAAUGAUAGAAUCGAUACAAAUAUUUGCAGUAAUGGUUGGAAUCUUAGUUCAAGUUCUCAUUAUCAAUUGGUGGACAGUAUUUCCGAUGAUCGUAAUGGGUUUCCUUUUUUGGCAAAUACGAAACAUCUAUCUUAAAACUGCGCAAGCUAUGAAACGUUUGGAAGGGAACACGAAAAGUCCCGUGUUUUCCCACGUUAGUUCUUCAUUGCUUGGAUUGACGACAAUUCGUUCCGCUGGUGCGCAGGAGAUGGUUCGGAAAGAGUUCGAUGUGCAUCAAGAUCUCCAUACUAGUACUUACCUUUUGACCAUAUCAGCGAGCACUGCUUUUGGUCUAGCGUUAGAUUUCGUAUCUGUUGGUUUCGUUGCUUUUAUUACAUAUAGUUUCAUACUGCUCGAUGACGGCAACACUUUCGCGGGGAACGUAGGAUUAGCCAUAUCCCAAGUGCUGAUUUUAUGUGGCAUGCUUCAGUAUGGCAUGCGGCAGACCGCCGAGACGAUAGCACAAAUGACUAGCGUAGAACGAAUUUUACAAUUUACGCAGUUAGAUAACGAGGGACCUUUAGAAAGUGAGCCUAACAAGAAACCGUCUGCACAGUGGCCUUCUAAAGGAGAAAUCAAGUUCGAUCACUUGUACUUACGCUACGACGACUCCGCACCCCCAGUACUUAAAGACUUGUGUUUAGUCAUUAAGCCUGGUGAAAAAAUAGGAAUAGUCGGUCGUACAGGUGCCGGCAAAACCACUCUGAUUUCAGCUCUAUUCCGCUUAGCUAAACUCGAGGGUGCUAUUUACAUAGAUAACAUAGACACGAAACAAGUAGGUCUUCAUGACUUACGAAAGAAGAUCUCUAUUAUCCCGCAAGAGCCGGUGCUGUUUUCGGCAUCUCUCAGAGAUAAUCUCGAUCCGUUCCAUGACUUCGAUGACGCUGCUCUCUGGGAAGCUCUCGACGAUGUAGAAUUGAAAUCAACCACUUCCUCUUUAGAUUACGUCGUUGAUCAGGGAGGUGCAAAUUUCAGUGUCGGGCAAAGGCAGUUACUUUGCCUGGCGCGUGCCAUCUUAAGGAACAAUAAAAUUCUUCUCCUCGACGAAGCUACAGCUAACGUCGACCCUUCGACAGAUGCCUUAAUACAGAAUACUAUACGACAGAACUUCAGACAUUGCACGGUACUGACCAUAGCGCACCGAUUGAACACGAUUAUGGACAGCAACAAAGUGCUGGUCAUGGAUCAUGGGAAAGCGAUCGAAUUCGAUCAUCCGCAUAUUCUGCUUCAAAACGAGGAAGGCCAUUUUACUGGAAUGGUGAAAGAAACUGGACACUUGAUGUACGAGCAACUGAAGAAAAUUGCGAAACAGGCUUAUGACAAUUUAUCCACCGACACAGAAUUGCAACCACAAUCACAAGUCCUAAAUGGAACGGUACAGAGUACUUAGGAGUUUCUACUUAGACGUUUCUUUAUUUUAAGGUACGACGUAUAUAGUCCUUAGCGAACAAAACACAAUAAAGUGUGCACAAUAUUUUUGUACGCAAUCCUUUUUUUAAACUGUUAUGUCGAAAGUGUUUUAAAGCAAUGUCCACACACAUGCCGAAAGUAUUCAUUAGUUAAAUAUUAUAUUACGUAUUUUAAGCUAUCUGCUGUGCAGCACCAUAACUUUAUAUAUUGAUAUUUUUAUAUUUUAAUAACACAAAGUGGAUUUUAUAACACAAAAUAUAUUUUAUAUAUUAGAUGCAGAAAGUACUUAAAAAAAUUGUACUAUACACAUUGUGAGAAAACUGUUACAUAAAAUGUGUACUAUUUUAAUUUUUAAUAAAUCAUGUAUACACGUUCUAAA